CAGUCGUCACGAGACCGCCGCGCGCUACUCCCUCACCACAGCAUCAAACCGAUAAUGAUCCACAUUAUGGACACUCUGUCCUGAAAAAAGUGUGGUGUUUAAAGCCUAAAGGUGCAGAAGAUGGGCGAUAAGUUCGAGUUGCUGAAGACACCUGUCAAUAGGACAGCUGCGCGGAAGAAGAACAAGAACGAGAAACUGCGAUUACGCGUCAUCUUCUUAGACGACAGCGAGAGAGUUUUCGAAGUGGAGAGAAAGAUUCUGGGUUCUGAUUUCUUCAAUAAGGUGUGUGGUCAUGUAAAGCUGCUGGAGAAGGAGUACUUUGGCCUAGAGUUCCGCCACCACACCGGCAGCUAUGUCUGGCUUGAACUCCUGAAACCAGUGGCUAAGCAAAUCAAAAAUACCAGUGAUGUGGCGUUCCAUUUUAUAGUGAAAUUUUUCCCUCCUGACCCAGGACAACUGCAGAGAGGCUUAACCAGGUAUCUGUUUGCCCUUCAGAUCAAACAGGAUCUGUCAAACGGCAGCCUCACCUGUAAUGACAACAGCGCCGCCCUGCUGGUCUCUCAUAUACUGCAAGCAGAAAUUGGGGAUUAUGAUGACGAGUUAGAUGCUCAUCAUCUUGAAAAUAAACAAUAUGUGCCAAACCAGGAGUACUUAGACCACAAAAUCAUUCGCUUUCACAAAAAGCACAGAAGUCACACUCCUGCUGAAUCAGAUGUGCAUUUGCUGGAGGUUGCCCGCAAAAUGGACAUGUACGGGAUCCGCCCUCACCCUGCCCAUGAUGGAGAAGACAUGAGAAUCAACCUCGCUGUCACACAUAUGGGGGUACUUGUUUUUCAGGGAAACACAAAGAUCAAUACCUUCAGCUGGGCCAAGAUCCGUAAGCUGAGCUUCAAGAGGAAAAAUUUCCUCAUCAAACUCCACACUGAAACCGGGCCAUCGAGGAGGGACACUGUUGAAUUUUCCAUGGCCAGCAGAGAUGUGUGUAAGGCGUUUUGGAAAAUGUGUGUGGAGUAUCACGCUUUCUUCAGACUUGCGGAGGAGCCCAAGUCACAUCAAAAGUCAAUUCUGUCCAGCAAAGGAUCCAGUUUCAGAUACAGUGGCAGGACACAGAAGCAACUUCUUGAGUGUGUGGGCUCUGGAGGCAAGAAACACUUGCCUUUUGAAAGAAGUUACUGCAAGUCUGAAUAUGACACUCGACAGUGCAGAUCCUCUCCUGACAUACUGACUGAUGUCUCUAUGCAGCUGUACCAGCAUCUAUCUCCUGGCCAAGCUGUUGCUGGGCAACAGAGUGAACAGACAGGCGUAGCAAAGCGCAGCCUAUCUGCGAUGGAAGUCAUGUUCACUAAUGAACCUGAGCGAUCCAGGGCAUUGGCAAGAAAUCCUGCCUUCUCAAGCAACUCUGCCUCGCCCAAGCUUCGUUCCCUGUCUACAUCAGGAGUAGAACAUCAUGGUAGAGGGGCCCAGAGACAGAAGGCAAAGAGACGAUUGUCUCCUAACGCCCAGCAUCUCGUGCUCCUCUACCCUAACGCACCCCACCUCCAGUUCCACCCUGUGCUGCCCACUUUCCCACUCACCACUCACCCUUACCUACUGCAAGACCAUACGUCUUCCUCCCUAGACCGCCUCCCUCAAACCCAUCACAACCAUCUGCCUCUGCAAUACUUUCCCAGACAAAUUGCCCACUCGUCCUUGCCGUCCUCUUGCUUGUCGCCACAACUUCAGAAGCAGCAGGAAAGGCUCCGUCCUGCUGGCCUGGGAUUAGCCGAAUCGAGACUGUACCCCAGAGGAGGCCUAGGGCUGAGGCCUGGGUUGAAUAGGAAGCUGGACUUGAAUAGAGUGGAAGCAGGCCAUUACAGCGACGACUCCACCUUUCAGACUGGCUUGCCGCGCCGAGCCUCAAGCCAACCGGACUUCAAAUUCCAGCGACCUACUCUUGCCUCAAACGCCGCUGCAUACGCAUCCGAGUAUCGCCCACUGGGAUAUUAUCCACAUCUUUCUCGACACCACGUUCCUGCCAGGCCCACCUACCUUCCUCUAAGUCCUGCCCCUCUCCCGGAAAGACCCACUUCUUUAUGUGUACUCGGCACAGGUAGUUAUAGUGAUUCGGAUUCAGACACCUUCUACCCAUACUUUCCUGCAUUGGGUAAAGUGGUACGUUCUGGACCACUGGCACGCAUGCGCUUCUCUUCUGGAAGCCUCCAAUUGGAUGAAGAGGAUGGAGAGGAAGAGGACUCGGAUUGCCCAAAUGAUCAGGAAAACACAACUAUUACCACUGUUAAGGUAAUGAAGUUGUAGUAGCCAUGCUUAGAAUUUUGGCCUUGAAUGAUGGGGCUCAACAAAUAAAAUAAACUGUUAAGUACUGUAGAUAUUGCACUCUCAGAAGAAAUGGUACAAAUCUGUCAUGGGGCACUUUCCAAAGGUACACCAUUUAGCCCUAAAAGCCAAAAAGGGUACUACACCAGUGAUUUUGUACCUUUUGAGUGUGUGGUAGUAACAAAAACAGAGGGGCACAUUAUUAAUCAGGUGACAUACAGUAAGGUAAUGUUUCUGUAAAUAAGAAAAAAGUAUUUUAAGUCAAUUUGCAUCUCAGAUCUAAGGCCCUGCUUACACCUGGUAUUAAAGUUGCAUUGUGUAAUAUUUAGGAGGAUCUGUAGA